AUGCAUUGUGAUUCAUCUGAUGAAGAUGAUAAUAAAAAUGCUAUAGGAAAGAAAUUUUUCAUUUAAUUAUUAGAAACAGAAAGAAAAGUAAAGUGCAUUCUUUAAUUAAGUUUAGCACUAAAAUAGAAUCAAUGGAAUAAAUUUUAGAGUUACUCAAUAUGUAUGCUAUGUGUGUAGAAUUCUUUGAUACAGUAAGUAAUCCUGCAAAAUAUUAUUUUAUGGAAAAGAUAUCUAAUACAAUUGCAGAAAAAGAAGCAUUUGAAUUAAUGUUAAAAGAUGAGAUUAUAGCAAAAUAGAAAAGAGAGAAACAAAUGUAAAUCAAACCAAUCAUUAAAGAAGGAUAAGUUAAAUAUGAUCCUCUUAAAAGACCUGAAAGACCUUUAAAAUAAUAGACUCCUAUUAAAGAAGAGGAAUAAUAAGUAUAGUAGAAUAACAGAGAAAAUAAGAAAAUAUCACAAAAAUUAAUGAGAGAAGUUAGAUCAAAGAAAUUAACAAUGACAGAAAAAAUAUAUUAAUAAUAAAAUGAAUAAAAAGUUUCAGUUGAUUUAAUUAAGAAUUGGGAUUAUGAAGUAGAAAAAAAUGGUAAGAUGUGAAUCUGAUGUUAUAGAUAAUAUUAUUAGACAAUCUUUGUAAUAAUAAGGUGAUAACAUUUAAGAUAGAAUAGCUGAUAGAUUAAAUAGAUUACGUAAAUAAUUAAAUAGUAAUUUAACAAAUGAAAUGUGUUUAGAAAAAUAUGAUACUUGA